AUGGCGCUCGUCUGGGCCGUCAUGGCGGCAGCCCUGGCGCUGGCUGGCAAUGCAGGAGGAGCAGACGCCUCAGGUGGGACCUUCCUGAUCCCCUCUGCUGAGAGGAAGCUUCUGGCUGCUCAGGAUGGGAUCAGCAACUGUAGUGCGGCCUGCGCUCGAUGCAACAUGUUCGGCAGUACCCUGGACGUCCCAUGUAGCAGCAAGAUUUGCAACAGCAAGGGACGAUGCGAUGGGCAAGGACGAUGUGUCUGCUUUGAAGGAUGGGCAGGGCUGACAUGCAACGUGUCUACGACAACUUCUCCUGAAGUUCAUCAACAAACAAGCACAACUAUAAUCAUCACAGACACCAAUGCUACUAUGCUUCCAGGGACCACAGUGCUUCCAGAGACAACAAGCGCACAAAACUUGACCAACAUCACAGGUGAAAACAGUCUUCAAGAAUCAACCAGGACAUACGACAACAUUACGAGUGUUGUAUCAUCCAUGGAAUCAACCAAUCCAGCCAGUACCCCUGAAACGACUCCAGUUGGUAACAGCGCCAUCGAGGCCACCGUCAACUUUCUCGUCACUUUCUCGAUGACCCGCGCUGAGUUUGAAAACAUCCGAGUGAAGUACCUUGCAAGCUUCGCGCGUGCAGCAAAGGUUUCUCUUAACAGGGUGAGGAUCGUAGAGGUGAGGGAAAUCUCCCUCAGACGAUCUGCAAUACACCGACGACUGCUAGCCAGCGGGGUAGAGGUUGUGACCGAGGUGAAGCUCGACGGUACGCAGUCAGCAGACAGCUACAGCAUCAGUUCUGAUGGUCUCAAUGCUGAGCUUGUGAAGGACGGGCUUCCUGCCAGUCAAGGGGUCAAGAAAGUCACGUCCCCCUCCACCACCGUGGUGAAGUCACUUGGCGGCAUCACCCGUUCGGAGAUCAUUCUUGCGAGCUGCCUCGGGGGCGUCACUUUGUUGGGUCUGGUCGUCGGAUGUUUUGUUUGGGUGUGGAUAAAUGGGGGGAGGAAGAAGAAGCUGGAGGAGACGAAAAUGUACCCCAUUGCGUGA